CUUAUCCGGCUGCUUGAAGGAUAUCUGAGCUGAAACAUACACAUACAGAGCUGAAGAGACAGAAACUUAGAUUAAGAGAAGAGGUUAAAGGAGUCAACCCAAAAGUGAGUUGUUACAACACAGUAAAGCUUGAUCCAUGAGGCCGUGACUCUACAGGAGCUCAGCUGACCCCCACAUCCUCUACUUCUUCCUUUGCUUGUGCUACCUCCUCUUCCUCACCUAAAUCAUGGAAGAGCUAUCAAAGGUCACAGAAACCCCGGUGGAACCGGCACCCCUCCUGGAACGGCGGGUUCGCCAGCGACAGUCUACAGCUUCGGUCUUAAAAUCCAAGCUGAAGAAGAGCGUGACAUGUUCUGCACCAAGAGUCCGAUCCACCCUGACAGGAUUCUUCCCUGUCGUGCGCUGGCUGCCCAAAUACAAGCUCAGAGAGUACAUUUGGGGUGAUGUCAUGUCUGGGAUCAUCGUGGGCAUCAUCUUGGUACCACAGGCCAUUGCCUACUGCCUGCUGGCAGGUGUUGAGCCCAUCUAUGGCUUGUAUACCUCAUUCUACGCUAACAUUAUCUACUUCCUGAUGGGGACAUCCAGACAUGUGUCCGUGGGGAUCUUCAGCCUCAUGAGCCUCAUGGUUGGACAGGUGGUGGACAGGGAAGUGUUCCUGGCUGGUUUUGACCUCGAUGACGACUCCACAUCUCCACUUGGUAUGGAUAAUGACACACUUACCAACCUCACUGUGCACACCGUGGAGCUGAUGGGUGUGCAGUGCAGUAAGGAGUGUUAUGCCAUCAGCAUCGCUGCUGCUCUUACAUUACUGGCUGGGGUCUAUCAGAUUAUGAUGGCAGUGUUUCGGCUAGGAUUUGUCUCCGUGUACCUUUCUGCUCCCAUGCUGGAUGGCUUUGCGACGGGAGCCUCCUUCACCAUCCUGACUGUGCAGGCUAAAUACCUGUUGGGUCUGAAGAUUCCUCGUCACCAGGGAUACGGGACAGUGGUUGUUACCUGGAUCAACAUCUUUGCCAACAUUCAAAAUACCAACUUUUGUGACUUAAUCACCAGUGCCAUCUGUAUUUUAGUAUUAGUGACAGGGAAAGAGAUCCAGGAACGCUACAAAGAUCGUCUAAAGAUCCCUCUGCCGACAGAGCUGGUAGUAGUGGCAGGAGCUACGCUGGCCAGCCACUUUGGGGAGUUGAACUCCCGUUAUAGCUCCAGUGUUUCCGGUCACAUUCCCACAGGGUUCAUCCCUCCCCAGGUGCCUGCCGUCAGUCUGAUGCCAAGGGUGGCGCUGGAUGCCAUUCCUUUGGCAGUCAUUAGUUUUGCCUUCACGGUGUCCCUGUCUGAGAUGUUUGCCAAGAAGAACGGCUACACGGUCCGUCCCAACCAGGAGAUGCUGGCCAUCGGACUGUGUAACAUCAUCCCCUCCUUCUUCCACUGUUUCACCACCAGUGCAGCGUUAGCAAAGACCAUGGUGAAGGAUUCAACGGGCUGCCAGACUCAGGUAUCAAGUCUGAUCAGCGCCCUGGUGGUCCUCCUCGUCCUCCUCUUCUUCGCACCUUUCUUCUACGCACUCCAGAAGUGCGUCCUGGCCUGCAUCAUCAUCGUUAGCCUCCGGGGAGCGCUGAGGAAGUUCAAGGAUGUUCCAGCUAAGUGGCGUGACAGCAAGAGCGACGCCAUCGUCUGGCUGGUGUCCAUGUCAGCCACAGCGCUCAUCAGUGUGGAGCUUGGCUUGCUCAUUGGCGUCGUCUUUUCCAUGAGCUGCAUCAUCUUUAAGACGCAGAACCCAAAGGUCUCUCUCCUCGGCCAGGCCGGUGAUGCUGAUCUUUAUGAGGACUCAGAGGAAUACACCAACCUCACACCGCCACCUCGGGUUCACAUUUUCCGCUUCCAGGCUCCCCUGUACUACGCCAAUAAAGACUCUUUCCUCAAAUCUCUUUACAAAGCUGUCGGAGUGGAGCCUUUCUUGGAGCUGACAAAGAGGAGAAAGGCAGAGAAGAAGGCCAAAGAAAUGUCCGUCAAGCAAGCCAAGGCAAAUGGGGAGAAACAUGGUGAACUUUCCGCGGGGCUGAUCCAGAGAGCCCUGGCCUUCCACACCAUCGUGUUAGACUGUUCAGCCAUGCCUUUCACGGACUCCACAGGCAUGGCCACUUUUAAAGGCUUGAUCAAGGAAUAUAAGGAGAUUGGUGUGAGUGUACUGUUUGCCUGUUGUAAUACUUCCAUCAUCGAUACUUUGCAGAAAGGACAGUUGUUUGGGAAGAAGGACAAAGAUAUGAGCAGCUUACUCUUUCAUACCGUUCAUGCUGCAGUUCUGCACGCAAACAGAGCAAAUGCAGCAGACAAAAGGUCAGACGAGUCUAUGGCGUAGAUCUGCCAAAGACAGGAGCACUGAGAAGAUACUGUAGGUUUUGUUUUGUUUUCCAAGAUCUAUAUAUUUUCUAAGAUUUAAAGAGCUGGACUCAAAAGACUUAAUUAAUUUGGCCUAAGUAAACGGCAGGCAUGAAAAAGAGAGAUAUCAAGAAUAUAUUCACUGAUGUGUCACUAUAGUUAACAGUUAAUGCCUUUGAAGUUUAAAAACCUCAUGAAAAUUUCACACGUGACAAAAAAAAAGUGUAACCAAUCUUUUUCUCUUGCAUCACAAAUUAUUUGGUUACAGAUUUUAAGUGCAAAGCUGCUACAAAGCUCUCCUCUAUUGCUGUCUCUUGUGGAAUUCCCUCACUUCGUUUCUACUGAAGGUAAAGGAAAUAGGCGGAAAGACAAAUCAUACACACCCAUGGGCUUUGUGCUCUGUUUGUACUCGUGAUGCUUAUUUUCAUUGUUGAAAAUCAGACAUCUAGGACAUGUGGACAAGUCUUUCAAAUGUCCCUCGGUGCGUUUUAGGAACUUCCCCUGAUAGAGCAUUAAAGAUGUCAGUGAAGAAUGUGUGAUAAAGCUUCAAACACUGAUACAUAUUAAAUCUGAUUUAAUGCUGCACUGCAGAGUUGUUAGGAAGUGGUUCUUUCCUUUUCCCGUUUAGUCAAUUAGAUUAACAGGUUGUUUGUUCUUUGUUUUUUUGUUGUUUUUUUCGGGAGGGGGGGGGGGGUAUACACAGUUCAUAUGCUACACUAGGAAAGUUUUUUGAGCUAUUUUAGAGACCAUAAUGGCUUAAAUCAACAAGUUCAGACUCCAGACUUGAAAACUUAGCUGCCAUUUCCUGAAGUGCCAGCUUUACCUUGAACCUCAAAUUAUUUCCGAAAGGACUGAUAAGCUCUUACUGAUCUAUAGGAUACGUGUCUGGAGGGAGACGAAGGUUUACAUAGGAACGGGGGAUUUACAGAGCCUGUCCUUCAGAACAGGACUCUUUUUAACAUACUUGUAUCCCCCUCUGUGCAGCCUGCAGCAGUAGUUAGUAAAAGGGACGAGUACAAGUCUGAAAAACACUAAAGUGUCAAAACUUUCACUGCCAUUGUUUAACCUAAUAUAUAUAUAUAUAUAUAUAUAUAUAUAUAUAUAUAUAUAUAUAUAUAUAUAUAUAUAUGCAUGAAGGUUGUCAGUUAUUUCAGACUCCUUUACUUUUUUUAAAUUACUGUUUUUGUUGUUCCUGUUGGAACCAAGUUUGUGAUUGUAACAACACAAAAAUAAUGUACAGAAUGUGUUCAAAUCCUGACUUUUCUGUAGCCCUGCUGAUCAUAAAAUAUAUUUGUAUUUUAUUAAAUUAACUGUGGAAUUGGACAUGUCCAUGCAUUAAGUUAACUUUAUAAUGAUUCUGAUUUCUUUGAAGUGUCCUUAACUUUCAUUGUAAAUUGUCAAAUUGUCAAAUUUUGUGACAUAGCGUUGACAUUCAACAAUUAAAAACACAUUUUUUAAUGUUCAAUUCUUGAAUAAAACAAAUCUUUAGA